AUGGAGCCAGGACUUGACUCCAAAGUCCCUAAAGAGAACCUCAGAGGGCGAGAUAAAGCCUUUAUCACCAUCCGGAACUCACAAUCAAAACUAUCGUCGUUCAAGAACGCGGGUAUCGAUCCGGCAAUCGGCGAUAUCUACGAGGCUUGUGGGGUCGUCUGUGCGAACCAAGACGCGGUUGAGGCUCGCCAAGUCUCGGACUACAACAAGAGUUACGCCAGAAAGAUCACCCGUCAUGAGAUCAUUAAAUGGAUGAAGGCAGGGACGAACGGAGAGAUUGUGGCAAAGGAAGAGGAAGACCAGUUAAGCGGCUUCCUUGGGAUGGAACUCUUCUUUCAGUGGCCACGAGAAAUCUUUUGA